GUGUAUGUAGUACCACCGAUUUACAUUAGGUGGCGGAAUGGUCUAAUAGAAAAGUAUAUCUUCGAGUUUACAGUACAAUAGGUAUUGAAAACAUCAGCCUUGGCUUGAACACCGCAAAGCUCAAACAACGGAAAGAGAGUGACAACACCAGCACGUUGUGGAAGCGUUUUUACCCAAUUCUCUACCAUGCAGCUUGGUACUUAAUGAAAGGCUGUGCGCAUAGACUGCUCCAGUUGCCUUUUCUUGUCACUUUUCCUUCGGUUUCCAAGACACAGCAUUGUAUUUGUUUGACAGUGCAUCCUUGACCAGUUUGGAAUCGAACCCACUGUUGAGAGAUGGAAAAGGAAAAUAUACAUGGAUCAUCACAUCAGUACGGCUCUCUGGAAUGCACUAAAUGGAAUACAGAUAAUUCCAAAACAGAAGAGGACAUUGUCUCCAUGGCAGACUCCACCAUCACCAUAGAUGACAUCGAGGGAGAGCUUUUCAAGAUUGACAGGAUUCGAGAUGUGCUGGUCAGAAGAGAGUCAGAACUCAGAUACAUGAUGGAUGACAUUCAGCUGUGUAAGGAAAUCACUCGCCUCAAGAAGGAGCUCCAGAAACUGGUGUCCGUACCAGACAAUGACAAGUCCAACGAGGACAGACAGAAAGAGGAGGAUCUUCUCCAGCAGAUCCACAAGCUGGUGGAGACCAGAGAUUUCCUUGUUGACGAUGUGGAGUUUGAGAGGCUAAGGGAAAGGGAGGAGGACAAAGAAAUGGCAGAUUUCCUCCAGUCCAAGUUCCCCAGAAACUCCAAGAAGAAAGGUCAGAUUCCAGCCAGACGGCUAACGUCCAGGGCCCAGCAGACCUCGUCCCCCUUCACCAAGACAGGCCUGUCCCUGCUGAAGGAGUGCUGUGGCUUCACCUGCUCCAUCAUGUAGGCCGGGCCCUCAGGGGCUCUAACAUGGAGCCAAUAUAGAGCCCUGUUACAUCACAGUUUCAGCUUUCCAACCCUUGAAGUACGGACAGACAACGAGCUAGCCGAGAAUUUUCAAGGAUAUUUUGGGGAUGUCGCCAGGAUGAGAUUGAUAGUGUUUUAUCUCCCAAUUUAUGCUACAUCCCAUCUGGGCUGUGUUUCUCUCUCUCUCUAUCUCUCUCUGUCUCUCUCUCUAUAUCUCUCUCUGUCUCUCU